UUUCGCCAGCUGCUCUCGUUUAUCCAUUUAAUUUCUCAAGAAAAAAGAAAAGAAAAAGGAAACCCUAGUUUCUUCGUUUUAUGUUAUUUUUUCGGCAAUCUGAGAUCGACGACGGACUCAUCGACGCUCGCUCGCCAUGGAGGAAUCCGUGAGAUAUCGAAUAGGCUACGCUCUCGCUCCCAAGAAAAAGAACAGCUUUAUCCAACCCUCCCUUGUGAAUCUCUCUCGAGAUCGAGGGAUCGAUCUCGUCCAAAUCGAUCCUUCGAUUCCCCUAUUGAAGCAGGGCCCCUUCGAUUGCGUGCUCCACAAGCUCUAUGGCGAUGAUUGGAAGUUUCAGCUUCAAGAAUUCGCGAUCAAGAACCCUAAUGUCCCCAUCAUUGAUCGCCCUAACGCGAUUGAGAGGUUACACAAUCGGAUCUCGAUGUUGCAGGUCGUGUCCGAGCUCGAGAUCCCUCAGGACAGUGAUGAUACGUUUGGGAUCCCGAGCCAGGUCGUGGUUUAUGAUUCGAUCGCGCUUUCUGAUUCCAGUGCUGUUGAUGCCCUAAGAUUUCCUGUGAUUGCCAAGCCUUUGGUGGCCGAUGGGAGUGCCAAGAGUCACAAGAUGUCGCUUGUUUAUCAUCGUGCUGGUCUUUUGAAGCUGAAACCUCCUCUCGUUCUCCAAGAGUUUGUGAAUCAUGGCGGGGUUAUUUUCAAGGUUUAUGUUGUUGGGGACUAUGUGAAGUGUGUGAGGAGGAAGUCGCUUCCAGAUGUUUCGGAGGAGAAGUUGGAGAGCACUGAGGGGUCGAUGACGUUCUCGCAGGUGUCUAAUAUUUCGACUCAGGAUCGGAGAGAGAAGAAGUAUUAUGAGCAUUUGGAGGAGGCUGAGAUGCCCCCGUUGAGUUUUGUAACAGAGAUUGCGAGAGGGUUGAGGAGAGUGACGGUUCUGCACCUUUUUAAUUUUGAUAUGAUUAGGGAUGUGAAAGUUGGAAACCAUUACUUUGUGAUUGAUAUUAAUUACUUUCCUGGGUAUGCGAAAAUGCCAUCAUACGAGACUGUGUUGACGGAUUUCUUUUGGGAUAUUGUGCGAAAGAAAGAGGAGCAGGAUAGGCUGGAAUUGGAUUCGGAGAUUGAUGAGGAUCAUGACGACAAUGAGGAGAAGGUCCUGAGCACCAAUAACUGUGAUGGUGGGGAAUAAGUGAAGAAUUGUGCUGAGGUGCCUGUUUUGUUAAGCUCUUGAAAGGAAGACCGGUCUGAUUUGGUAAUUGGAGGUAAUGAUGACGGAAGAAUCUGCAACAAUCCUGACGAUGAUAGAGAAGAAAUUGGGAACUUCUGCUAGAUGUUUUCCUGGCAGCCUUCUGUGGACCUGAGACAAAGAUAAGAAAUCUGCAAGCGUUUCAAGUUUAUUGUUCAUGGCUGAAAGCAUCAGCUUCGUUCAGGUUUUCUUGAGAUACUGCAAUUUCUUGCAUUUUUGCUAAUGAUAGGCGUUAUUUUCUUAGUACUUACAACUGAAGGAAGAUUAACCUUGCGCAUCCAAUGGCUGUAUAGUUGAAUGCUUAUCAGCUAUUCUGCUCUUUGAUGACAUGCCUUGGCUGUAUAGUUGAAUGCUUAUCAGCUAUUCUGCUCUUUGAUGACAUGCCUUCUUUAGUGGACAAGAUUUUCUGCAUUUCAAUUCGUACAUUUUUUUAAUUUCUUUCUCCUCUUAAUGCUGUAUAUGAGGAUGUGUCAAAUAUCAGUUCUUUUAUGGCCUACUGUUUUUAGUACAUAUCCAUUUUGGGAGGAAUCUAUUUGGCAUUCUUUGAUGACAUGCCUUCUUUAGUGGACAAGAUUUUCUGCAUUUCAAUUUGUACCUUUUUUUCCGUUUAUUUCUUCUCUUGAUGCUGUAUAUGAGGAUGCGUCAUAUUUCAGUU